AUGUUUUAUUUAACUAUUAUUUAUCUUUCCUCAUAUCUAAUCUUAUUAACAUCUGGAAAUGAAACUAACACUAUACAUGUAUUAACAGUGAAUAUUAAAUAUGGAAAAAAUGAAACAUUUAUAUUAUAUUAUAAUUUAACAACAAAUUAUUCCUAUUAUCUUACAUUUCGUUUAUUCGAACAUCAACAAAUAAAAUUUGGUUUAUAUUCAUCAACAUAUCAAUAUAAACAAAAUUCAAUUGAAAUUUAUAAUCAAUAUGAUCUAUCAAGAGAAUUAUUUUAUUUAUUUAUUAUUUGUUUUUAUUUUAUUCUUCCAUUAAAUGAUAUUGAUAUACAAUGUAAAGAUAUACGUUUAUUAAAAGAUAAUAAAAUAAACUUUCGUCAUCAUGAAUAUCAUCCAUCAUAUAAACCAUUAUUUGUACUAUUAAUGUAUGCAUUAAGUAUUUUAAUGCUUUUACCUGUUAUUAUUCAACAUCGUCGUCGUAAACAUGCACAAUUAAUUGAAAGACAAAAACAAUUAAAACGUUUAUCUAUGAGUAUAAGUCCAAAUAAUCCAAAUAUUUUAUCACAAAUUGUAGAAAAUGGAAAUAUUGAUUUAACUAAAUUACCAAUACAAAUAAAACGUGCUUCAUUAUUAUCAACAAAAACAAUUCUUGAUGGUAUGGAUGAUAAUGAUAAUGUUACAUUUAUAGUACAAAAACGUGAUUCAUCUCUUCCUACAUGUGAUGAUGAAUCUGAUGUUAUAGCUGAUGUUUGUAUUGCUCAUCUUUUAAAUAAUACACCAUGGAAUUCAUCUUUAACUCAACAAUCAGCUCGAAAUAGUUUAAGAAAAAAAAGUUCAACAGAAAGACUUGAAGAACAAUGUGUUCCAAUGAUAACAUCAUCUUCUGCUAGUGAUCAUCAACGAACUAUUUUAAGAUCAAAUGCAAGUACAACUCAAACUUCAUUCAACAUAAAUCCGGUUAUUAUCAAAUCAAGUGUAUAA